AUGCAUCAAGCUGCCGACGUGGCUGGAUCUUCCCGACCACAGGCCUGCGCAAGCACAAGCAGAUCAGGACCUGCAAUACCCAGUGGAACGAUCGGGUCACAGCCACAGGAGACUUUGGCUUCCGACGCCACGCGAAGUGCAGGAUCACCUACUGUACCUCCUUCUCCGGUGGGAUCUGCGACUUCUGGUGGCGCUACUGCGGCUGCUGUGGUGCAAGUGCGGAAUGUGCCAGGUCAGUCUGGGCCUCCCUCUGAGUCUUCCGCUCAUCGCCAGAUUCAGCUUGGUGGUGCAGAGGAGGAUGCAGUCGAGGGUUGGGCAGAUUCGGACGCUGAGAGCUUCUACUAUCGGCAGAGCGUCCAGGAUGUCUUCGCCUUCUUGGAUCAGAAGGAGUUAGAGAUGAACCUCAUGUUCGCAAAGAUGCGGAGAGAGCUAUCGCAAGCAAUCCCUGCAUCACCUACUAGUCAGAUUGCUGGGAAGCAGGCGGUCACCUCGAGAUCGGACCAGGUGACGACUGGUUGGAGGGACCUGGGUGGACCAUUUUAUCGAGCCCUUGCACUGCAGCGGGAGCGUGAGAAGGUGAAUCAGCACCUUCGCGAAGCGGUCGCUCUGAAGAAAGCGGAAUUGGAAUCAUUGAAAGAGGAGCUGUACCAGCUUGGCCUUCCUCGAGUUGGCUCCCAACGGGGUAACUCCAAUUUGGCUGCGUUCAGUUUUUCUGACUGGGAAAGCUCGCCGCUUGCAGGCGUCCUGCCAGCUGCAAGCAGCACAAUCCCACCCAGCAGCACUGGACCAGCCAGCGCGACUACAGCCAUUGCAAGCGGCUAUCCCCAACCGAGUGCUGCGCAAGUCCAAAGUGACUCCAGUGGAAGGCGAACAAAGCUUCAGGCAAACACUCCACAGCUGCCCUUGCCAAACACUCCACAUUUUCCAGCUGCAACCAGUCCACGGACUUCACCGUCACCCUUGGACCUUGAGAGUGAAGGAGAUGCGCAAGAACUGAGAAUCUUUUCUCAACCAGGCGCCCUUGGAAGCCCCCUAGAUCGCCUAGAUGAUGCGCUGAAGCACAAUGUCAGCUCAUUGUCCAUCAAGGUUGACGCGCCCACACCGCAAAAGCCUCCUUUACAGCGAAGCGACUCAGCGACAUCUUCUGUUUCACUGUCGCAGAUGAACAAGAAUGCCGAGGGACAAGGCAGCACUCAGAGGCGGUAG